AGGGAAAUUAUGUGAUAAUUUUUCUGUAAGGAUAUUAGAUGACUUUCUCUUUGGAGAAUUCUUUAGUAAAGUAUUUUGGGAAUUAGACUACGAUUUUUCCAAUAUUUUAUGAUGGUUUGUUGUUAUCGCCUAUGACGGACUCUUUAUUGUAUUAUAAUUUUUAAUGAAUAAAGUUUGUGCAAUUUUUGUAAAUGCUUUGAAUUUUAUACGGUGGCAUAAGUAUUAAUAUCUUGAAGUAUUGUUGAAUUAUUUUCUUUGAUUAAUUCAAUGUUUCAAAGAUCUAUCUCUACUCCCUUGCCACCUUAUAUGUUAUUACACCCAAGUCCUAUGACAUAGUUAUGAGUUUUUUCUCAAUCAUGUAUUUGACUAUGCUUUAUUUUUGGGAUUUGGACCUUAUGUUUUCAUGUGGGGGUAUAAACUUAUGCUAUUUCUUAAUAAGAAAUUUAUGUUAAAGAUCCCAUAUGAAUUUUGGAGGGAGUUUUCAUGUCCAAAUAUUUCAUUCAUUGAGAAUGUGGGUGCAUUGGUAAGGGUUUUGAAUCGGACUUUGUUGUCCAAUGUGGGGGAAGUAAUAAAGAAUUAGUGUUGGACUCAAAGUCUUGACUCGGUUUCUGCUUAGUAAUUGCAUUUAGUUCAUGACUUUGUAGGCGAGUCUUGGAGUAAUUUUUAUUCCGAGUCUGAUUGGUCCUUUAUAUGGAUUAUUUGUCUUUGGCAUAUAUGUGUGUUAGCACUAUGUUUCAAGUGAUUAGAUAUGCACAUUAAUGUUAGAUUUUUCUAGUGUUUAAUGUGAAGCCCGAAAGUGAUUAAUUGUGCUAAAGACGGUUUUUGAUGGUGUUUGCCUUACAAGUUUGUUUUGAUAUCAAUAUGUCUUUAGAGUAUCUACUUUAAAUCAGUGGAAUAUCAUGAGUGAGUGAUUCCGUGGAAGAAGUCAUUGAAUAUGAGUUAGGUUAUGUCUAACUAUGUGUAGGAUUUGACAAUCUUUUUCUUGGGAUUGUAAUGCUUGAUUUAUUUCCUAAGGAUUUUGUUGGAAUGAACUCCAUAAGGCUAAACUUGUUGGAUGAGUCAUUGCUAUUAGAUAAAUUUUUUGAAUUUAUGGAUUAUAUGGGAGCAAUUUGUGUCCAUUUGGUAGUGUUAUGUUUCUUGGGAACUAUGCUUAAUCUAACAUUGUUUAUUAUGUAAGUAGAUUAAGCAGGUAUACUCUUAACUCGAGCAAUGAUCAUUAGAUUGUUUUGAGGAGGUUGCAUAUGUACUUGAAAAGUACACAAGAUUAGAGGUUGCACUAUUGCAAGUUUCCAUGAGUUCUUAGAGUUUGACGAAGAGUUCAAACUCAAGCGGUUAUGUCUGCACCACUAAGUGGUGGAGCUAUGUUUUGGAAAUUGUGCAAAGAAGCCUUGUUUUGCUAUGUUUGUUUUGGAAUAAUCUAAUUUAUUUCUCUUAAAUUGACAGGCCGAUUAUGAGGCAAGAUGGUCAAGAGUAUAUGGCUCUUAUGAGCAAAUGUACUUGCAAAUAUCCCAUUGUAGGAGAAUUUGUUAUGAUUUGCAAGUUGUGGUUACUUUUGAUUGAAACAUGCCUAUAAUAGUUGAUGUCAAAGAUAAUUUUGUCGAAUGGGGUGAUAUCACUACACUACAUAAAGUCUAAAAGAAAUGUUACAGAUCCGUUAACUAAAGGCCUAUGAAAAAAAAACUAGUUUUGAAAACAUCGGAAGAGAUGGGGCUAAAGCCCGUUGUAUGAAUUGUGAAAUAGUGAACUCCUACUCACCAUGAGUUCAAAGGGGAACAUUAUGUAAUAAUUCGGAAGCACAUUUUUAUUUUAUUUGUCCAUCUCUAGAUGUUUGUUUGUGCUUAGCUACAAAUGAGAAGGAGGUUGAGCAUAUGACUCUUAAUGAACCCAUAUCCAUAUUUUUGGAGGUGUGUUGUAGCUCACACUUGAUGGAGUUCACCUACUUAGGUGUGGAAGUGUGGCCGCUUCCUAUGAUUAUUUCGUGGGCUUAUACUCUAGAGCACCUAUGAGCAUCCAGGCUGGACAUAUGGCCAGUAUAAUGUGUCACUUUUAUUCGCGGAAUUUUAGAAUAUUAUACAUGUUCAAUUGUGUGGUCAAAGUGACGGGUCCCUAACUCUCUAUUAAGUUCAAGACGAAGGUCACUUGGUAGGUGAGGGUUCAUAGCUUGAUGUCCACUAUGUGUUAAUUCAAGUCGCGAGACAUUGACACUUAUGCAAUUGUUUUGUUUUGCCCAAAACCAAUUUUCUUUCUUUCUUUUCACAUCUUCGAACCUGUGGGGGAUUGUUGGAAGUUCUUGAUGUUAAACAAGGAAAGUCACAUAAUUAAUUGUGUGUGGCUGUUGAGAUUGCUCUUAAUAGCCAGUAAUUAUGCUCCCUUGAAUUACCCAUUUAUUAGUUCUUUUAAUGGCUAGUUAAUGUUGAUUAAGUAUGGCAUUUAUGCCUUUAAUGACUGAUGGUUUUACCCUUAUUCCUAUGCUUUAUAAGCUAUGCUCCAACCUCUUAAAACACAUAUAUAUAUAUAUAUAUUCAUGUUUCCUUGCUUCCAUAAGACACACAAAAAUCGACUAUCUUUUACCCUCUUUAAAUUUAUCCCUUCGGUUUUUGGGCAAGUAUUCCGGUUCCAGUCGGGUUUGUGAGUGCACACAAAUUUCGGCGCCGUGCUUAUCCUGGAGUGCGCCCGCUUGAUGUUUACUGCACCGGGGUAACGCGGAAUCGUCUUUUAGGUCAGUGGUUUACCACGACGCAACAAUUGUCAAUUGGUCUACACAACAUUGAUAUAAGUUUUUCCGUUUAAUUUGCUUAUAUACUAACAACUCGUGUUUUGGCGUGUGUCAGUCGUGCCAGUCACACAGAAAAAGCGUUGUAUAUAUUGAAUAGUGGACAGAGUUUAAUCAUUUUUAAAAUGAGGUGGCCAGUGACUCAAGUAGAAAUGAGAAAAAAAAAAAAUUUAAGGUAGGGAUUGAAUAUCUUUAAAGUAGAUAUCAUUAUUUUAAGAGGUUAAAAAUGCAUGAUUAAGACAUGGACUAUGUAAGUAAAUUAAUUAUUAUUCAUUAAAUUGUUUUAUCUUAAAAUUUUGUGAAGUGAAUAUGUUAGUAUAUUUUUUCAUGUGGGGGUUCAAAAACUAAAGCAAGGCGGGCAUUUUCAUUUAUGGGCAUCUGAUUUAUAUUCUUCUAAAUAUUCAUCUUCUUUCAAAAUUCAACUCCGCCAAUUCUCGAAAGCAUAGAUUCAGAAAGAUAAGAUAAUUUAAUUUUAACGAAAAGAAAUGAUCUAGCUCUAUUCAUCAAGAGAGCAGGAAGAAUCAGAAGAAGCAGCAAAAAUGGUGCUUCUCAAGGGAAAAACUGUUAUUCGGCAAAUCAAGACUACAGAGAAUUGGGGAACUACUAAGAAUGUUGGUAUGAGUAAAUUUAAGGUUUAUUCGGAUAGACAGACGGUUAAUGGCCGUAGUAGCGACGAUGCCGAUGCUAAGCUUCCGAGAACAUCUCUUGUGUCAAAAAAGAAGGCGACUGCACCGCCUAGUACCAUUGGGACUAAGACAAAGAUCCAAGUCAGUGGUGCUGAGUUAACUAGAAGCUGCCAUGGUGCUCUUGACAAGACAAAGGUUGGAAGAAAAGCAUUGGCUGAUGUCAGCAAUAUACGGAGGCAAUCAUCUAGAUUUGAGAAACUAAGUGGUUCGAGGAAUUCAGUGGCUUUUGGCACUCUUACUAAUACUUCUUCGUCUAGUCGAUCUCAAGCGGGAAAUCUUAAGGGAAACUUAACUCGAGGUGUUUCCGUCUCAAACACUGCUGUAAAAGUGGCUACAGCUACCACCAAAGCUCAAAGGGCAUCUUCAAAUUUCCACAGGGUCAAAGUGAAUGAAACUAUGGAAAACAUAACCAGGAAGAUUUCUAAGAAUAGUAAUACAAUUACAAGGAAGUCUUUUCCAGUGAUGAAGAAGGCUAGUCAGCUGGAUUCUAGUGACAUAAAGGUAGACAAAACGAGUGAGGAGAAGUCUACAAAAAAAAUUGGUUUCCCAAUAAAAGCUAAGGUUGGUGGAAAAUUAGCUCCCCAAAUGAGCAAUCUCAGUGGCAAAGUUUCAAAGGAAAAAGUGAAUGACAACUUCCCAACAAAGUCACUGAGAAUUCAAACUAACAAGGAUGCUUUUGGAGGGGUAAAAAUACCAGUCAAGCCAAUUGCAAGAAACCGAUUACAGAUUUCCAAUGACCAAAAGAGAUCUAAAUCCAAGAGCAUCUGUAAUUUGGAUAAAUCAUUUGGUACAACACCUGCCAGAAAAGUGAAGGUUGACAAUUCUGUUGCCAAAACUUUGAAGAGUACAGGUUCUCUUGAAGAAGUUGCUGGAAGAGGAAUUCCAGCAAAAAACAGUGACAACUUGCAAUCACAGUCAUCAGAGACUACUGUCAGCAAAAACACGGGGCGCAGAAAAUCAUACACAUAUUCGCUUAUAUCAAGAUCAAAGCUUCUAAAAUCGAGCAGUGAAGUCAGGGAACAUGAACUGUUGCCGAAUAUUGAUGAUGAGGGUAAUCCUCUUGAAGUUGCAGAGUAUGUUGAUGACAUCUAUGAGUAUUAUUGGAUAAUGGAGGCACAGAGUACACUACCAGAAAAUUAUAUGAUGAUUCAAACAGAUGUUACUCCACAAAUGCGGGGCUUAUUAAUUAAUUGGCUUAUAGAGGUACACUUCAAAUUUGAUCUGAUGCCAGAAACACUUUACCUCACAGUAGCUCUGCUGGACAGAUAUCUCUCAGUAGUUACAAUAAAGAAAAAUGAAUUUCAGUUGAUUGGUCUUGCAUCCCUUUUACUUGCAUCAAAGUACGAGGAUUUUUGGCAUCCAAAGGUCAAAGACUUGAUUAGCAUCUCAGCAGAAUCAUAUACCCGAAAGCAAAUGCUUGAAAUGGAAAAGAGCAUUCUCAAGAAGCUAAAAUUUCGGCUGAAUUUGCCAACAGCUUAUGUCUUCAUGCUAAGGUUUCUCAAGGCUUCUCAGUCAGACAAAAGGCAUGAACGUCUCUCAUUUUACCUGAUCGAGUUAUGCUUGGUUGAAUAUGAAACCUUGAGGUUCAGACCGUCAUUGUUAUGUGCUGCAGCUGUAUAUGUUGCCCGUUGUACCCUAUAUGAGAUUCCAGGAUGGACUUCAUUGCUUGGAAAGCAUACUCAUCAUGAGGAACAUCAAAUCAGGGAUUGUGCGGAGAUGAUUCUCCGAAUCCACAAAGCUGCAAGUGCAGGUCUUUUGAAGGUGACUUAUGACAAGUAUAUACAGCCAGAGUUUGGUGGUGUUGCAGCUAUCAAACCUUUGGACACUCUUCCUCUUUGAAGCCUUCUAUACCUGCUGUGGAUUUUAGUGGGCAGUGUAGCUUGUUGUUGAUCUCCUCCCCCCCCCCCCCCCUUUUUUUUUUGUUGGGGUUUGUGCUGUAUCUAAGUUUCUGAUUCGGAGAUUCCUUGUCUGAAUUUGUGUAUAAUAUUGUGCACACAUGUACAUACACAACACAUUAAACAUUGAGGCAUUGUGAAGUAGGCUAUCUGACUGUACAACUUAAACUCUAAUUAGUGAAGUAAGGAUGCAACCUAUCAACUCAUCUAUAUGACCAGUUUUAGAUUGCUGCAGAAUCUAAUUAAA